AUGGGAGGGUUUGCAUUCACUUCAGGAGAUGCUCCGCUUCACACCCCGCGGAUGCCUCCCUGCGUCUAUCAAGCCGUCAAGGAACAAUGCCAACAAUCUCUCCUCGAUCUAUACGAAAACGUCGCGAGUCCCAUUGAAGGUCCAGGCAAGUCCGACCAUGGGGAUGUCGACCUCUUCGUGUGGAAAGAAAAGGCUCCGGUCGAGAGCAAGGGACAAGGCGACGAAGCGGCCGAAUUCGAACCCACUUCGCCAUCUCUCGUCAACCCCAACCCCACCCCCGAACACGCCAUUCAGGCCGCCUUAGGAGCAGAGUUUUCCAUCAUUACGAAUGGUGGCUCCCAUUUUGCCGUUCCCUGGCCAGCUGACUUGGACCAUGCCCAUGUCCCCCACCCGCCCGACCAGCCCAAAAGCUAUGCCCAGGUCGACGUUACCAUCCUCCACUCCGAGGAGCAGUUCCAGUGGUCUCUCUUCAGGCACGCCCACGGCGACAUUUGGAGCAUCCUCGGUUCUGUCAUCCGACCCUACGGCCUGACCGUUGGCGAGCACGCCAUGUGCCUCCGCAUCCCCGAGAUUGAAAAGUCGAACCGCAACAAGGCCAAAGUGCUGUUGACCCAAGACCCCGCCGAGGUCCUGGACUUCCUUGGCCUGCCUGCCGACCAGUACUGGGCCGGCCCCUUUGCCUCUCUCGACGCCAUGUACGAAUACGUGGCCCGGUGCCGCAUGUUUUGGGUUCCCCCUGCGACGCAAGACCAGCCCGGUGAACAGGAAGAAACCCCGGACGGGGCGGGGGUGAAGGCGGAGGGAGACAAGCAGAAACUCAAGUCGAACGACCGACGGCGCAUGAACAGUCGUCCCGCCUUUCGCGUCUGGGUGGAAGACUUUCUGCCACGGUGCCGACUCGAGAGUAGGUACUCGGAGGAGCGCACCUCUAGGGACAGAGUCCGACAGGAGGCCUUCGAUCGCUUCGGCGUAGGGGCCGAAUACCAGCGGCGCCUCGGGGAACAUGCGAGAGAAACGCAGGUCACCCACAUCUGGAAUCAUCUCAUCAAGGACGCCUUCCCUGCCUCUGCCACCUAUUCGCCCAAUGUGCCGCAGUACCGCGGAUGUCUCAUCAAGGCGCUCAAGAAGAUCAUCCUGGAGGGGGAUGAGACCUUUGGCGUUCUGCCCGACCCGGAGUUCCCCUUGAAAGAUGACGGUGGAUUCUACAUACUGGGGAAUGUGCAAGAGUUCAUCAACAAGCAUCAUCAAUAUGUGGGAUCUCUGGCCCUGGAUCGACAUUGCAAGAUGCUCAGAGAGCAAAGAGCGGAGGCAUAA